AUGGGGUUUCAAAGUCGCUGCAAUUUGCGAGGUGGGUUGGUGGUGGCCAGUAUCCCGUUAAUUGCUUGGCUCUACGUUACUGUCUCCCCCGCCUGCGUUCGAUCAGCAUCAGCGGAAGCCGUGGCGUCGCUAGACCCGCCUCAUGGCGUAGCCCAAAAUGAUUCUUCAGCUUUUUCGGGAUUUCUCCCGAAGCCAGUGCAAGCUGCGAGCGAUAUAUCCGCCACCGCAGGGGCAUCCUCAGUUUCUACACCUCAUGCUGCCCCAGCAAGGACAGCACAACAAGAAAACUCCGAAAGGAAACGAGGUCACAGCUACAUGUUUGCCGCUGACCCCAUCGUAAAGGAGGCCUCGACCCCAGAAGAGUAUGAGAGUGUGUUGAAGAGGGCAGAUGUCGCCGACAAGGGGCUGGUGAUGAUGCUCUACUCGGCGUGGUGUCCGCACUGUUUCUCUUACAGAAAAACCUUUUCACGGCUGGCUAUGGAUCUGCGUGAUCAUUUUCAUUUCGCUGCACUAAACUGCAUGGAAAAUGAAGCCACUAUGGAUAUUUGCAGCAACUUAGGCAUCUCGGCGCUCCCAUCUAUCAAGCUUUUUGUCCCACAAUCCCUAUACCUGAGACUUCCAGCCUCUGAGCGGCAUGCAAAUCUCGACACCUCAUCUGUGGGGGGCGUGCGUCCUGGGUAUUCUCUGAUGCACGAUGGGGGAGCCUUGGAUUCGUUCGACACGCAGCGGUCGGGAACUCAUGCUGUCCAUUCUCUUGCCCUCCCUGGCGACGACAUCUAUCUUGCUGUGCAGUAUGCAGCUCGCAAGACCCAGCAAAUAAUUCCGAAGGAUGAACUCCGGCUAACGCUGGAGGGCGAUUUCUCCGCCUUUGAUCACCUGCGCGGAGUUCCGUGCAGUGCCAACAGAUGGAGGGAGGAGCAAUUUUUGGUUCCUGAUGUUUCACCCAGCUCGUCUGUCGACCCAGUCUCCCAGGGAAAUCAGGAAACAGGAAACAAGGAAGGGAGUAGCAGCUUGCAGGCUCAACACUUUGAAGCAUCAAACGAGUUUUCAUCCCGCGCGCGAGUGCACGACGCCGUCAGAGGCCUACAAUUUGUGUUGGCGACUUGGGUCGUGACCGUGGGGGAGCAUAUGAACUUGGCUGACCAGUUUGCACUGAUGGAUUUACUCGAGACGGUGCGUGCUGUGAUGCCUUUUCAGUCGGUAAAGAAAGCCGCAUCUUUCGCUGUAAUCCAUUUGUACAACUCUAUCCAGAGCCAGCCAGUUUCCCCCACCAUACGAAGGGUUAAAACCAAGGCAGAUGAAUCUGCACGUUUUUCGGAGUAUCUUCAGCUGUACAGAGAGCUUGACGACUCUAUUCGCACAUACAAAGGUCUGAAGACUGCAGAUUGGCGCAAGUGGAUAGGUACAGUGCCUUUUGGUGCCGAAGCGCAGCCCCUACCUCCUCUGGAAGAACCCAACUUUAAACACUGCACGACUGCCACGUGUAGCGUUUGGAUGCUGAUGCACGUGCUAGCAGAGGGCGCCAAGCAAUUGUCACUCAAAGUGAAUGAGAACCCUAAGUGUGGACCAAACCAGCUUUUCUUUUUGACGAAAGGACAAGCGCUGCCAGUUUACCUCCUGCAGCAGCAACAGCGACGGGGGAGACCUGUGAAUCUUGACGAAGUUAUUGACAGCGCGUCCUUGUCGACUGAAGAGCUAAUAGAACGUGACCCGUCUUUGGGAUGCAUGUCCAUACCGGCCUUCGAAAUUGCCUAUGUUAUAUACAAUUUCCUGCACCGGUUUUUUGGCUGCGCUGCAUGCCAAAAGCACUUUACUUUGUUAUUCUCAAGGCGAAGCCACGGGCUGAGCAACUUAUCGCCUCCUAAGGGAGAUGCCCUCAUCUCCUUACCGUUCCCGCCAUCUGCGGCCACAAUGAUGCAGACCCACGAGCAGACAUCCUUGCCUGAAGAAGCCGAAAGUUCCCUUCUGGAGCGUUUCAGAGGACAGCUGGAGGGUUCAAGCGCCGCAUGGGCACAAAGGCAUGUGGAAGCAGAUAAGUUGGACGAGCUCAAACUGUGGCUGUGGAGGCUUCACAACGCAGUCAGUGUACGUACAGCUGCUGAUGCCACGCUGGCCCAUCUCAGUGGCGAUGGCAGUGCUCUUAAUUAUGCCAACUGUGACGUGAGGUGGCCACCAAGAGCAGUGUGCACUAGCUGUAGAAACGCAUCAGCUCCAGAUAUGGGCUUGAUCUCUGUGCCACUGCUUGUGGCAAGAGAUGCAGACAAGAACGUCCUUGCCAUGGAAGAAGUGUCCGACGACUUCAACAAAACGCAAAUUCUUUACUUUUUAAGGAAGAGCUACUGGCCAGAUAAGGCGGCGAGCAUGAAAAUCUGA